ACCACCACCAUCAUCAUCAGCACAGGCCACCCCGCACACCACACUCACAAUGGCGGUUUACCACACUGGGAUCGCUUCUCUUAUUUUCCGCCGUGUUGUGCCUUCCCUACAUCACCCUGGGGCUUGUGGGGGCGUCUUCCUCCCCCAGUGUCUCCCAGAAUACACCCGCACGCUGUACACCCGGGCUGCCCUAGGCCUGGACCAGUACACACAGCUGCGCCAAGACACCCGCAGCAGGUUUGGAGCGGGUGUGGACUCGUUCAAAGACAAAUUAAAAGAAAUACUUGAAAAAAAUGCAGCCAUGAUUUUCACAGAGGAUUUUAAGAAUAUAUUGCAUCUUGUCGAAGGAAGUCAAGAGGAUAUGGAGCUAGUUAGGAGCAUGGCAGUUAGGUUCAACAAGCAACAUGAAGGUCUGCGGUUUGGCAUGUACGUAUUUGGACCAGUUGUAAUGCGCACAUACCAUACACUCAGACAGACGGACGCUAUGAUGGAGGCCCUCAGCGACCCCCAGCUGGACGGAUUCUUUGACCAGCUGACGUCGUACCAGCUGGCUAUGGACCACCUGUUUGAGGCCGGCCAGUACCAACAAGUUCUGGAUGUGUUUGGAACAGUUCAGGACAAGCGUGUUGGAGGAAUGCGUUUUCCCAAGAACUGCCUCACUCUUGCCUUGGCUGCUUGUUAUAGGAUGGACACCCAGGACAGCUUCCACCACCUUCAGGAACUCCUGCAGAAGGUGAAGGAUUAUGGAAUACCCUUGAACAGACGUCUGAUUGUGUGGGCAGCUCUGUCUCUCUCUGUGGGCCGCCCCGAUGCUGCUCUCAACCUUGUCCUAGCCUCCCCCUCUGCUACACACAUUGCUAUUAGGUCCAUGAAGGUGAUGUCCCUGUGCCAGCUGGGGCGGGUGGAGGAGGCGAUGGUGACGCUGAGGGCCAUCACGGAGAUUGACCUGCCCAGCCCUCAGAGGUCAAACCAGGGCAAAUAUAUUCUCAGGGAGGCUGUGAGAGAAGUGGAGGAGAAGGUGGAGGAGGCAGGGAGGAAAGACCAACAGAUGGAGUUCUCCAGAAUAGUGAAGUGUUUGGAGGAAGCAAACGCCAUUAGUGAAAAGGCCCUGGACGAGAUUGUCUGCCAGCCGAUAGACAAGUUUGAGAAGCGUUCGGGCCAAAACAAGGCAAUGCUGGCGGCCUCCUUCAACGCACGCACACACACACACACACACACACACGCACACAGGCCAAGAAGACAGGGAUUAAUGGAUUAUGAGUAGCGUGUGUGUGUGUGUGUGUGUGUGUGUGUGUGUGUGUGUGUGUGUGUGUGUGUGUGUGUGUGUGUGUGUGUGUGUGUGUGUGUGUGUGUGUGUGUACAGUUGUAGUGGUGUUAAAUAAAGGAUUUUAAAAUGUC